UUGAUAGCAUAAACAAAAGCAGGAAUUUAUUCAGUUUAGUUCAUGGCCUAUUGGGGUUUCAUAAAAGAAUGAUGCAAUCUUGACAAUUUUAGCGUUUGAGUUAUCUUGUACAGUUAUUAUAUUUAAGAUGUGGGAUUUUGCUUCAAAUGCCAUUUCAAGUAUUGGACCAAAGAAAAGCUCCAACUUUUCGAGUCAAGCUUUUUUAGAGUGUUCAGAUGACGAUGUCUGCUCAAAUAGUAGCAGAGAAGAAGGACUAGAGUGUCCCAUAUGCUGGGAAUCUUUCAACAUUGUUGAGAAUGUACCCUAUGUCUUGUGGUGUGGCCAUACUUUGUGCAAGCAUUGUGUCUUAGGGCUUCAGUGGGCAGUCAUAAAAUCCCCAGCUCAACAAUUUAAAAUUCCCUUUUUCAUUUCCUGCCCUUGGUGCCACCUGCUCUCGUUAAGGUUAAUUUAUAAGGGAAAUUUAAAGUUUCCUCGUAAGACCUUCUUCUUUUUAUGGAUGGUGGAGAGCUUGAAUGGUGAUAGAAUUAAGUUUGGAUCAUCCUUCCCUGGGGAAAAUCAACAUGUUUUGCCUCACGACGGAAGUGAAGCCCCAAGGAAUCCAACUCGCAAUGGUAACCUCAUGAGUGCCUCAUUUUCUAGUUGCUCUGGACUUUCAAGAUAUAAUGGUGAUAAUGGUAGCAGCCAUGUUGACGGGAACUAUUGUUCUCUUCACAAAUCUAUUGAUUUCUUUAUUCACUUUACAUCCAAGUUUUCAUUAGUCAUCAUAUUACUCUUGAUAGUAUUCUUUGUCAUACCCGGGAGUGCUGUCAUCUUGGCCAUUUACUUUGUACUCACUGUUCUUUUUGCAAUCCUGCCUUUCUUGGUAGUGUACUAUGCUUACCCCACUAUAAAGAGGCUGGUAAGUGAAAUAACUUCAUGA